UCUUCAUCGCACAUUCCCGCUUUGGUCCUUAUUCCUUGAAUCUACGGCGGCGAUUUUUUAGUCGUAGCUUUGAACUCUCCCAUUUGUGGUUGCUCGACGUGAAAAAUGUUUUUCGUAUUUUCCUUAGCGUAGAAAAACGUCAGAUAAUAAGUGAUCCCAAAUAGAUAGGCUGUAACCAGGAGUAGUGGUAUAAAGAUUCUUCUUCACUGAUGACCAAACAAGUGCACAAUCGUCCAAUAUGAAUCUGUACUGCUUAAAUAAUUUCGUUGAUUACUCACUCGCCGUACACCAGCCGUUGAAGCACAGCAAUCGCAUCAAGUAUACAUGCUUCGAUAUAUCGGAAAACUAUAUUGUGCUUGGGGCUUCUUCGGGGUCAUUGUACUUGUUUAAUCGGCAGGGGAAGUUUUUGCAUCUCAUUCCCAGCAAACAUGGAGCCGUGAAUCAUCUGUCGAUAUCGGCCAACGAGAAAUAUGUCGGAUUCUCUACGCAGCGUUCAGUGGUGUGUGUCUAUGUUGUUAACUUAUCAGCGCAGUCUGUGCCGCAAGUAAUUUUUACGAAUCUCUGCAGCGAUGCAUCCGUUCAAGUGACUUGUAUGCACUGGACGCAAGAUGAAAAGCAGUUCUACUAUGGCGACUCAAAGGGUCAAGUUAACCUGGUGCUAUUGUCCACAUUCAUAGGCACCACUCUUAUAAAUAUGUCCAUCCACCCGAUACUCUUUCUGGAAUCUCCCAUUGUUCAAAUUGAUGACUUCGAAUCACUUUUACUUGUGUCGAACUGUACCAAGUGCAUACUGUGCAAUACCGAGUACGAGGAAUACAAGCAGAUUGGAAACAAACCCAGAGAUGGAGCGUAUGGUGCAUGUUUUUUCAUUUCUUCGAACGAAGCGCAGCAGCCCUCGCGUAUUUACUGUGCACGACCCGGGUCUCGCUUUUGGGAGGUAGACUUUGAAGGGGAUGUCUUGCAAACACACCAGUUUAAGUUUGCGUUGGCAUGUCCGCCAAGCAAGAUUCACAAGGACUCAGACAAUGAGAAUGAUAACAUGUGUGGCGAUAAUGAAGGCAAUGACGAAAUGCUUGACUACCAGCCUCAAAACUUGCAGUUUGGAAGAAUUCAGAGACUCAGACAGGACUUCUUGGUGUCUUUUACUGAGCUGGGACUGUACGUUUUUGAUAUGCGGAAUUCCAGCGUCGCACUUUGGUGUAAUCAGUUUGAACGAAUAGUAGAUUGUCGUGUCGUUGGCAAUGGAGAAAUCGUGGUAUUCACACAAACUGGUUCGUUGUAUUCGGUACAAAUGCACACCCUGCAGUCACGGGCAUCAGCGCUGGUACGGCAGAAUAAAUUUCUGGACUGUGCAUGGCUAAUGCGUCGGAACGUAAAGUACUUUGCCGACAAGGCAAGAGAGGACUACGAGUUGGGUUUGUUAAAUCAGAUAAAAGAUUUCCUCAUGGAUCGUCACCAGUACGAGUUACUUAACGACCUGUCAGUAAUUUUCGAUGCGAUUGCCCAGUGUGAGAACAGCGGUGAUAAUAACAGCUCCGGUGGAAGUUCAACUGCCGCUGACAGGAGCUGUAGUCUUGGAGCUUCGGCAAUUCCAUGUCAGAGGAGCACAGAGGAAAGUUCCCCGCAGGGCGUCUACGUGUUAGAAAAUGCUUUCUGUGAUAACCUUAAGAGUCAGAAGGGAGAGAAACAUUUCAAAGAUGCCUUGUUAACGGUGACAGGCAAAUUUGGUAAAAAUAUUAUCAAGUACAAGUUUAACAUAUUUGCCGAAGAACAACAGAAAUUGGUGAGGGACUUGAUACCCGCAAACGAACGUUCGCUGCCAUUCAAAGACAUUAAGGCCAUAUAUGAAAAUGAUGAGGAGAUUGUGUGUCGCACAAGGAAGGCGCACUCUUCCCCCUCGCCAAGCACAUCUCAAUCGUGUCGCAAUAGAGUAAAAAACACUGGGACCGGGCAACACAUUACCGCUGAGGAGAAAACCAUAUACAACUUGUAUUUGAUUUGUAAAAGCUCUAAAUUUAGUAAUACGAAUUUUGUCGAACGAUAUCGUUCGUUGUUCGAUGAAUAUUCGGCACCAGAACUGAUAUCACUGCUUGAAAAACUGUCAAGGGUGAUGGUCGAGCAUGGUGAUGACCCGGAGCAGGCUCAACGGCACUGUUACGAGAUGUACUUUCACUAUUUGAAUCCUGAGCUCAUAUGGGAAAUGGACGACGCUUCUCGAGACUACAUAACGCAAGGAUUCGUUUUGUUGAAUUCCUCGGACGAUAUUGUACGGUGUGACAAUUGUAUGUUCCCCUUGAGAUUCGACAAUUCAUGCGUGUUUCAUGAACUUGGUUCAGUGUUGUUGCGCUACUACUGGUCACGCAAUGAGCAAGUCAAAUGUUUCGAUGUAUUGACCCGCGUCCCAGCUCUAUUUGACAUUCUUGCCAAACUGUACUUGGCCGAAUACAAUAUGGAUAAGGUUUUGCCGAUUAUUCUAAACUACGGUCAGCCGGACUUGCUCAUAGACAUGGGGAAAAGCUUCACACUCAACGCAUGGGCAAAGUGCUUCGAACACUUCGUGGAUUUGCAUCGUGGUAGACUAACUUGCAUAAACUGCGAGUGUAUAACAACAGUUGAAAAUGUCAACCGUCAUUUUUUCUACACAUGGAAUUGCUUCCUUGGCAUUGCUUUGGAAUAUAUGGAGGCGGAUGAAAUACUUUCACUAAUUUUUAAGUGGUCAAAUUCAAUACCCAGUGAUGCCAUAGACCGUGAAUUCUAUUCACGUUGCCUUCUGAAGGGUUGACCGGCCAGACGUUUCCCGCAAUGCCCGCGCAUCAGCCCACAUCCGGAUUUUUUCGGCGUUUAACUAAAAUCGGCAUUGAUCGUUCCAAGUUGUUCUAUUAAGAACUGUGCUUGUUAAAAGUACUCUCUAUUACAGCCAAACUAUAUAGCAUUUAUAUAACAUAAUAGUUUAUACCAAAUAUAAAAAUAAUUAUUUGUAUACUUUCUCUUGCGACCGCUAAGAUACUACGACAUGUUUAUUGCCACCUAACCAAGUUUAAGUUCAUUGGUUUGGAAAAAAAUCGAUAUAACCCAAAAGCUUUAAUAUUAUUUAUUGCAUUUAUUUUUUGUUCAUAAACCCGUUCGACUGUAUGAGUGUUACUUAAAAGAAACUAAGUAUGUUUCCCUUUUACACGAAUGGCGUUAAGAGUUUAAUUUAGGUAACCCAUUUAAUAUAGUUAUGUGAAUGUAUUCAGUAUUAUUUUUACAAUGUAUACCACCAUUUCGGUAAUAAUUUUCGUAAACGGUUAGGUGGAUUUUAUCGAGUUACGGAAACAAUAUGCUUAUUAAAGAUCUUUCAUUUAACACAUUCGUUUUUUUUUCGAAGCCGAUAACUAUUAAACUUAUCCAACAACACUUGUACUCAGUUUUAUAGGACUAAAAAUUAUGCAAGUCAAGCUAACUAAAUGUAUAUGGAUUCAGAAACACAUGGAUGUGCUGCUCUUAGAACAGUUCAAAUAUAACAAUAUGUGGAAUUAAAAAUUUACAAUUAGCAGUUACGCACCCUUCCUUCCAAAUACGGUACAAGACAUAUAUACUCACUUAAGACAUUUCAUUGCAUGUAAGUUAUGAUAUUUACACCAUAUGACAAGGCAAAUAAUAGAUUCCAAAAUACAUAUGACAAUGUCGAAUUCAAAAUGUCAAAACUAUACUAUUUUUAAGUUUAUGAGGACACAGUGUGAGUCCUGAUGAAAUGUAAUAUGUCAUUAUUACCAAUUCAUGCUUAUAAAGUUUUUUUUUUGUUUUUGGAAGGGAAUGCCGAAGUAAAAAUAGAAUUGACGCAUUCAACUUCCUGCUUACUAUACAACAAUUUUUUCUUCUAAACUUUACCUGUCUGAUACAGGCAUACUUUCAUAUGUAAUUUUCACUCUACAACAUUUACAAGGUAGGCCCUAGGUAUCACCUGAAUUUUGGCCUACCUAAUACCCGACAUACCGUUCUCCAUUAUGGUAAAAUGUUUUACACAGGUGCAGUGUCCAAAUUUCCACGCUAACCGAACUAUUAUUUUGAAUAAUAUGCAAAAUAAUUUUGAUUGUUUUCAGACUCUGUUGAAAUGACAUUGCAACAUAUGUGGGGAAUAAAUUUGCGAUGUCACCAAACUGUAAUUAUAUUAGAAGAUCUAUAAAGUCUAACUUCCCAUGAGUAUAUGUAAUAUUGAAGAGAAAUAAAGAAACCAAAUAAUGUUUUGUAUGAGAA